AUGGCAACCCAAAACAACAACGAAUCGGAGCAUGACCCGAACCCUGUUGUGGCGGAGACACCGGAACCGGAGGCUGAAAAUAUUGAUACUUUGGACGAUGAAGUUCCUAUUGAGAAGAUCGUGGAAAAGAUCACGUUAGCGGGUGACCCUUCUUCAGUUGAAGUGAACGGGAAUGAAGAUAAGGAUAACAGUGAUGAUGAAGAUGAAAGCGAAAGCGAAAGCGAUAGUGAGAGCGAAAGUUCAGAGUAUGAGGCUUCAUCAUCAUCAUCAUCAUCCUCAUCAUCUGGCAGUGAUGAAGAAGGGGAGAUAAGGGAUUCUGAUGCUGAAAAGAUGGUUAGUUGGAGUGAGGCUGGUGGUGAUUUUGAUGAUGAUGAUGAAGUUGUUGUAGAACCAAUUAGGUCAAAGAAUGAGAUUCGGAAUUUGCCACCAGUUCCUACCGUGCAUGUGACUUUGGAACCACACCAUGAAAUGCUACCUGUUGGAGUUGUUAUGUCGACUCUUGGGGCUAAAGUCAUUGUCGAAGGAGUGGAGAAGCACGAACCUCUUAAUGAGGGUUCCAUUCUCUGGCUGACUGAAAGCCGCAAUCCGUUAGGUUUAGUGGAUGAAAUAUUUGGACCAGUCAAAAACCCAUAUUAUGUUGUGAGAUACAAUUCUGAAAAUGACAUCCCUGCGGGGAUCCAAGGGGGAACAACUUUGGUCUCAUGUGUUCCAGAAUUUGCUGAUCGUGCGCUUAAUAAUAAGGAUCUUUAUAGGAAAGGCUAUGAUGCAUCUGGUCCAAAUGAUGAAGAGGUGUCUGAUGAAGUAGAGUUUUCGGAUGAUGAGAAAGAAGCUGAAUACAGGAAAAUGCAGAGAAUGACAAAGAGAGGGAAUAGUGAUCAAAAUCCUGGCAAGAGGAGAAACAAUAAAAAUAAGUUUUCAUUGAAAGGGAAGGUGCCACCUACUCUCCCUAAUGCAUCUGCAGCAGCACAGCAUGUGUUACAUACCGCCCCUAAUGCACCUGCAGUAGCACCAUUGGUUAAUCAUGGAAACCGUUCUUCAUUUUUUGGCACUGGACAAGGUGGAACUACCACAGUUUCUCCAUUUCAACCUUUAAAUGCAGGUCCUAACUUUGCCGCAAACGCAACGUGGGCAAAUCAGACAACAUUUCCUCAGCAGUCGCAGCUUUCCCUGCUUCCAAAUGCAUUUCCUACAAAUGCCAUGUCAUAUUAUCCACAAAAUACACAAUUUUCUCAUCAGUUUCCUGUGCCAGGAGGUCCAUUUCAACAGCAACUGAAUCCCAGUCACAUAAAUCAUUUCCCAACUAUGAUGCCUGGGUUGCAGCCCAAUAUAUAUCCACAACAACCCAUGCAUGCACCGGGGUUUGUGGGUCAAAACCAAAUGCCAUUUGAUUUGAGCUCCCCCUUCCAACAGAAUCAGCCACGGCCUAUCUUUCAAGCGCAACAGGUUUCCUUCCAGCAGAAUCAGCCACAACCUAUUUUUCAAGCGCAGCAGGGUUUCCCACCCACUGAAUUGCAAUCUAGUUCUAUUUCUGGUAACCCCUCUCAAUUUCAUCCAGGUUCGUCAGCUAGUCGAGGGAGACCAACUUUCCAUGCCGCCGGAAGGAAAGGGUGGCGGCCUGCUAGGUGA